GCGUGUGUGUGCUGUCUAACUUGUUCGUUUUAGACAGCAGACAAUUUGUGAUUUAAUCACAAUUCAAUUUAUUGACUUCUAACUAAAUCAACAAAUCGUGGAAAGAAACCGCUACUUUGCGUCAACGAACGAGGGAGAUAGAUAAACGAGAGAGAACAAAAACAAAAGAGGAAAUACGGCAAAAGGAAACCGAGCGACAGAGAAACCAAAGAUACACAAUCCACAGACAGUUUGUCGGAAAUUCAAAAUUACAAUUGAAAAUUCUUUGGAACCGGAUUGGCAGCCGAGCCGAGCCCCGCUCCCCACCGCCCCUCGCCGACGCCAUGAACGCCCUGCUACGUCACAAGGGACGCAAUCUGCGAACGAGUCACCUGGCCCAGAAUGUCUACAAGCGCUAUCUCAAAUCUAGUUGCUGCGCCUGUAGCUCGACUAACUUCACAGAUGAGCGCACUACAAUAAAUGAGCGGCUUAGUAGAUCUUCGUCAACAUCGGUGCUGGAGAUCAGCAGAUCGCUCGGCGCCCACCGAAGGUUUCAGCCACACGCCAGCUACGGAUACCACUACUCUGGACAUGGAUUUAGGCAUCUGUACACUAGCCGGACGAUGUUGGAGACUUCCAGCUCAAAGAUCGACGCGACCGUCAAAAAGCUGAAGAACCAGCAGAAGGAGAAGGUCGAGGAGAUAAUGAAGGAGGUGGCCAAUGGUCAGGCGACGGCAGUAGGUGGUAGCAAUGUAGCUACGGCCACUGCCUCUUCAGAGAAGGGUACCAACGCAAGUGCGACGGCCGGUUCUACAUCGACGACUGGCUCGUCGACUUCUCUUGCACAAACUGGAGACAAGACAGUAGCCAAGCCCAAGAAACCACUUCGCACUCGCAUUUGGGACGAGCUGGUUCACUAUUACCAUGGCUUUCGCCUGCUCUUUAUCGACGUGGCAAUCUGCUCGAAACUCCUUUGGCGGGUGCUCAACGGGAAGACACUAACGCGCAGAGAGAACAAGCAGCUGCAGCGGACCACCUCGGAUUUGUUCCGCCUGAUUCCCUUUUCGGUGUUCAUCAUUGUGCCCUUCAUGGAGCUGCUGCUGCCGUUGUUUAUAAAAUUCUUCCCCGGCAUGCUGCCAUCCACGUUUCAGACCUCAACCGACCGGCAGGAGAAGCUGCGCCAAUCGUUGAGUGUGCGUCUCGAGGUGGCCAAGUUCUUGCAGCAGACCCUUGACCAGAUGCCUGUCCAACACAAGGAGCACAGCAGCGAGGAGGCCAAGCAGUUUGAGGAAUUCUUUACCAGAAUCCGCAAUCCUACUGAGCCUGUGAGUAACGAUGAUAUCAUCAAGUUCGCCAAGCGAUUCGACGACGAAAUCACCCUGGACUCCCUCUCCCGGGAGCAAUUAGCGGCCCUGUGUCGUGUACUAGAACUAAACACGAUCGGCACCACCACGCUGCUGCGUUUUCAGCUACGCUUGAAGCUGAGAUCUUUGGCCACUGAUGACCGAGUAAUUGCUCGCGAAGGCGUGGACUCCCUGGAUCUCUUAGAGCUGCAACAGGCGUGUAAGGCACGUGGAAUGCGAGCCUAUGGACUGACGGAGGAGCGUCUUCGGUUCCAGCUGAAGGAGUGGAUCGAUUUAUCGCUGAAUGAGCAGGUGCCGCCAACGUUGCUGCUCCUAUCGAGGACAAUGCUCAUUUCCGACGAUAGCAUCACCACCGAUAAACUCAAGGAAACCAUGCGUGUGCUGCCGGAUGCAGUGGGUGCACACACACGUCACGCUAUAGGCGAGAGCGAAGGUAAGGUCGACAACAAGACCAAGAUCGAGAUCAUCAAGGAAGAGGAGCGGAAGAUUCGCGAAGAGCGCGAGGAAGAGCAAGAAGAAACUAUCGCUAAGCGAUCGGCAAUCAAAGAGGAGAUUCCCUCUCCUUAUGUGUUUGCUGAGAAGCUGGCUGCUAAGGACCGCAAGGAAGAGGUUUCAGUUUCAGAGACCGACAAGGGCAUAUCCUCUACGGAUGUGCAACUUUUGUCCGACGCUCUGAAGACCUUGUCAUCUGAUAAGCAGCUCGUGGUGGAGAAGGAAACAAUCAAGGAGCUCAAGGAGGAGCUUGCCGAUUACAAAGAAGACGUGGAGGAGUUGCGCGAGGUGCGCCAGGUGGUCAAGGAGCCUGUUCGCGAGAGUCGGGCGGCCAAGUUGCUCUACAACCGGGUCAACAAGAUGAUCUCCCAAUUGGAUAACGUGCUCAACGACCUAGAGGCUAGGCAGCAUCAGAUCAAGCAAGCGGAUUCCAGUGAUUAUGUGGCUUCAAGUCCCAACGCCGAGCCGCAGCAAAUGGUCCAUAUUGAUGAGCUUGUCUCCACCAUUCGACGAAUGAAGGAGGCUUCCGAUGAGGAGCGGUUAAAGGUUGUGGGGGAUCUGCUGGUCAAACUCGAUGCGGACAAAGAUGGUGUGAUUUCGGUGCACGAGAUCACCAAGGCGGUUCAGAGUAUUGACAGCGAGGCCACCAAGAUCGACAAGAAGCAGCUGGAGGAGUUCACGGAGCUGCUGUCCAAGCUGGCGACACGGCAACGCAAAGAGGAGAUUGUGCGCAUCGACGAUCUAAUGAGCAACAUCAAGGUGCUGAAGGAAACCAGCGAUGAGGCACGUCUCAAGCACAUUGAAGCUGUUUUGGGAAAGUUUGAUGCCGACAAAGAUGGUGUGGUGACUGUGAAUGACAUUCGAAAGGUGAUGGAGUCCAUUGGUCGAGACAACAUCAAGCUGAGUGAGAAGGCCAUUGAGGAACUGAUUAGCCUCCUUGACAAGGAGCAAGUCCUGCAGGCAGAGCAGAAGAUUGAGAAGGCAAUUGCCAAGAGUAUGAAAGAGGCUGAAAAACUGAAGUCAGAAGUGGACAAAGCGGAUAAGGACUUGGCCAAGCUUGUGAAUGAUAUACACGACUCUGCUAAGGAAAUUCAGGAUAUUGCCAACGAACUGCGAGAUAAGGAGGAGGAAACGCCCGAUAAAGCUAAGGAAUUGAAAGCCGAGCCGGCGUUUAAGGAUACGGCCAAAACAUUAAAGGAUAACGCGAAGAGCCUGGACGAGACGUCUCCGAAGGACACCAAAGUGGAACCCAAAUCGCCGACCAAAGGUUCGACAGGAUCCGGACCGACCGGAAAGUCCGGUGGUGGGGCUGGCGGUGGUGGGAUCAGCGCUGCAGCAACGACGGAAUCGACCCUACGAGAGGCGGCCGAGCGGCAAAUAGAAAAAAUCCUGCCCUCCACAGACAUAGGACUGCCGCCCACGAUACAAACUCCACCGCAACCCCCGACCUCCAAGAAGGCGACAGCCACGGCGUCGACCCUGUCCACGACGAUCACGGCCAAGAAGCUGCUCUGACAGACUGUGGAGACCAAGGAGGGAGCGGCUGAGACAACUCCUCAGCGUGUACCUAAGCCGAAGUGAUGUGAUGGAGUAGGGGGCGAGUAAGAGGCGCUGCCCGUGUGUCCCAUAUUGUUCCGACUAUACAAAGAAUUAUUGUUACCAAUUAGCAUAACCGUAGGAUGAAAAUGCGACUGUAUUUAACGGAGUUCGAGAUCGUGUCCUGGAGCAGGACAAGAGGUGCGUGCUAUACUUAAUGCGUGGCUGUAGUACGGUAUCUUCUCUAAGUAAGGCACAAAUCAGAUACUAAUAGAAAUACAUAAGAAUAUACCCACUUA